AUGGAUGUGAAUCUAGAGCUACUCCGCUCCAUACCAUCCAGAACCGCUAGUCGCUCAUCGUCGAGUUACUUCCAGAGCAGCGAUAGCCAAGCACAUCUGGACCACACCGCAAUCCGGAACUCCUUGGCGCCCAGGCGACCACAGACCAGUCUAAGCGAAUACUCCGGAUACGAUCACUCAAGUAAUAGCAUAAGGCCUAACAUAUCAAGACCUUCUACUGUACGCCCUGGAUCGAGACCUGGUACAGCAUCCGGAAGAAUGUCUCGCAACGGAACUGCCUCUUCCAUCCUCGGGCUUAGCGAAGCGCAGACCAUUGUAUGCGCCGUGAGCGAGGCUCGCGGAGUUUCUCCUGCAGUGGGUAUCGCAUUCGUCAAUGUUUCUCUCGGGGAAGCUGUCAUCAGUCAAAUAUGUGACAACCAAUCCUAUGUCAAGACGAUUCACAAGAUCCAGUUGUCCGCACCCUCACGCAUUCUGUUCAUGACUACAGCCUGUCCACCAAAUAACCCUAGCUCACUCUUUUCUCUUGUCCAAGACCUGAUUCCUGAAGUUCAAAUCGACGCAUUGGAAAGGUCAGCAUGGUCAGAGACAGAAGGACUGGAGUAUAUCCACAACCUAGCUUUCAAGGAUGACAUCAAACCUUUGAAGGUGGCAACACAGGGCAAGUUCUAUGCCAUUUGUUCUCUUGCCGCUGCAAUGAAGUAUAUCCAGCAACACUUCUCGAUCAACUUCAUGCCGCACUCGCUCCGCAUCCAAUACCGACCUUCAGAAGAUACCAUGAUGAUUGACAUUUCGGCUAUUCAAUCGCUUGAGAUUAUGCAGAAUAUCCGAAACCCAAAGUCUAAAGAUUCACUCUUUGGCCUGCUGAACCAUACAUGCACCCCGAUGGGUUCAAGGAUGCUUCGUAGCAACAUCCUGCAGCCACCCACUCGCCCAGAACUUUUCAUCACACCUCGGUAUGAUGCGCUGGACGAGUUGACGACUAAUGAAGAAAUGUUCUUGGAGAUUCGCAAAGGCAAGGCUCGCCGCGAUAAUAUGGAAUCUUGCUAA